AUGGCGGACCGGUAUCAUGGAGGCUACGCUCCCAACAGCCGGUCGCAGACCUUCAACCCAGCUCGAUCAUCUAUGCCAUCCAGCGUUGGUUAUAGCUCACACUACGCGGGCGACAUGCACGUCCUGCCUUCGUCCACUAACAGGCAGCCCGUCACCACACCGAGAGGCUACGUCACAACCACUUCGACCGGCGGCGUCCCUACUACCACUCGAACAUAUGCCGUCAGUCGAUCCGGGGUACCAACUUCACGCGACACCGGCCGCGCCCGACGCUCUACUCUCGAUUCGAACUCGAGACCGCCAGUGAUCAUUACGACCAAACAGUCAGAAGUACCACAAGCUAGCACACAUACCGCACACUACUCGAGCCACAGCCCUGUACGUCAUAGCGGUCACACUGGCCACGGCGGGCACAGUGGGCACAGCUCUCGAGUCUCCGAGGGACAUCUCUCCGCCCUUCCAGCUUCCUCGGCCACUCGCUCCCGAAGCACGGCGCCAUACCACCGUCAUCAUGAGAGCGAAGAUUUCACCAGCAGCCGAGAUCGUGAGCGUCUCGAGGCGCCAAACGCCGACGCCUAUCGAAGCUCUCGCCCUACCGUUCUGUAUCCCAGCGAGGCUCGCCAGGGCAGCAGUGCGACACCGGUAGACUAUGGCGACGAUGGCUACCAGUACACCAACGCAGGCGAGCUCGCCCGGUACGACUUGGAUCACAGCAGGCCUGCUUCGCGCCACCGGCGCAGGGAGAGUGUGGAUCGUGGCUAUUACCGACCCAACGUCAACUACAACUCGGACAGUCGCAGCUUCAAUGUCAACACCAGCGCCGAUCUGAGCCGGAACUACUCCAUGAAUACGAGCCGACCCUACGAAAGCUCUUCCAGCACACGGGGCGGACCCCCACCCUCAACUCGCGGCUUUGAUAAGAUCAACAGCGGCUUCGAGUCCGCGCCUCCCGUGGCACCGGUGCCACCCUCUCCAAUCAUCAGGCAGACGGAAGGCGGCGGUGAUAGCAAACGGGGCCGGCCAGUAUCGCUGUACCAGGACCGGGAGCCACCCCGAUCAUCUCACCACGAUGAUUACUAUCGAAGUCGGGAGGAUGAGCGCAACAUGAGAGAACUGCGUGAUCGUGACCGAGAGUCGGAACGCGUGCACCAAUCUCCCAAGUUUCAGGAUGACAGCAUCACUACCCGUGGCUUUGGCAUCCGCACUGGGCCGGUAGACGGUCUCGACGAUCGACGAAGGCGAGAGCCUUGGCGCGAAGAGCCGCGGAAGCGCUCAGACGAAGAAAUCGGAGCUGAGAUUGAUCCUCGGCGGCGCAGUCGUCUCGAAGAGAGGGAAGAACCCCGCAAGAGGUCGGACGAGUCACUGCAGCGUGAUUCGGACGUCGACCGUCGACGACGCAACCGCAUGGACGAGAGGGAAGAACCUCGCAGAAGGUCGGAUGAGAGUCUUCAUCGAGACUCUGAUGCGGAUCGCCGUCGUCGUAAUAGGGUCGAAGAGAAGCCUGAACCACGUGAGCGUCGUGGCAGUGAUGAUGAGCGCUCGCGCAUUCGCGACAAGAUCACAUCUGGCGUUGGUGUGGCGGCAGCGGCUGUUGGCCUAGGUCCUUUGCUCAAGGGCGAUGAGAAAGAGAAGGGGAAGGACGUGCCAGAGAAAGAGCCGCGGCGCCGGCGUAGCCCGACCAUCGAGCGCGAAAGGCAUGAGGAAUACGAUCGCUCGCCUCGUGUUGAAGACCAUGAGCGGUUUGCCGACAGGCCCCGAGAUCGUGUUCAAGAGCCUGAGCCUGAGCACGAACGUGAGUACGAACGUGAGCGUGAGCGUGAACGCGAUCGCGAGCGCGACCGGGAUCGUACCCGUGACCGCGAGCGCCAGGGCGGCCAUCGCGAGGAGGAGCUCAAAGACCAGCAUCGCCGAGACGCUGAAGGCAAGUUGGCAGGCGAGGCUGCUGCCUCUGGCUCGGAUUCGGAUGCCGUCAAGCGUUCGGCCCGUCGCAAUCGGGCGUCUCAGUCCUUCAACCCCAACGAUGCGGGCGAUAUUAGCAAGCUUCGCGAGCAGCUCGCCACCAUGGAUACGUCCGACAGGCCCCGAGGCGACACUUCAGCAAACGAGAAACCCAAGGAGACAGAGCCGCGACCCGCCACCGCCGAGACGAGUCGCACAUCCCGACCAUCCCGCCCCACGUCACCCGCUCCACGUCACUCAGAGUCAACUGACGAAUCUCGAGGCCGUGAAGUUGCUCUCGUGAACAGCGAGGAGAAGGCCGUCCGUGUCGUUUCCCCGCCUCGUGAGAAGGGCGAGGGCAAGCCUCUGAAGGGUAUCCUCAAGCAACCCAGGCCCAAAUUUCCCGAGGAGCAGAACUUUGUCCGCGAGGGCGCGGCCCCUCACAAGGACGACAAGAAGGCGAAGGACGUGCCGCCGGGUGCGAAGUGGACAAAGAUCAGCAGAAAGGUAGUCAACCCCGAGGCAUUGACCGUCGGCAAGGAGAGAUUCGAGGUCCGCGACGAUUUUGUCAUUGUGCUUCGUGUCCUCGACAAGGAGGAGAUCCAGGCGUACGCUGCGGCGACUCAAGUGCUCAGAGAGCGCCGUCGUGGUCGUGAGACCAAUGAUGAAGAUGCGGAGCGGAGCGAAGACCCGGACCGCGAGGACGAUGACCGACGCCGUCGUCGCCGUCGCCACGUGGACGAGGACAAGUAUGAGCCAGAGGACCGGGAUCGCAACCGAGACCGUGACUCCGACCGGCGCAGGCGCCAUCGGGACGAGGACGAGGACGAGUACAGUCGUCGGCCCGCGGACCACCGCUACGGGUGA